AUGCCCAACUCGCGCCCCAAAGUCCUCCUCGUCAACGAUGACGGUCCACCCUCGACCUCGUCGCCUCACGUCCUGGGACUCUAUUCCGAACUCACCGCUCUCGGAUGGGACGUCAGCGUCGUCCUUCCUUCCUUCCAAAAGUCAUGGGGCUCGAUGCAAUUCUCACUCCAAGGUCCCGUAGCAUACUGGUACUACUACCCCUUGGCGGACAACUUUGACGGCAAGCACGCGGGCACUGCCGAAUCGUGGUCCGCAACACGACGCCCGAUCAACCGAGAGCGAGGGGAGAUCGCAGAGUGGAUCCUCAUCGACGGCUCUCCAACCACUGCGUCCAACAGCGGGCUCUUCAACCAAAACGCCUUUUUCGGGUCGACUGCGGAAGAGAGGGAGGCACCAGCCAGCACGAGUACGCCAUUCGACCUGGUCGUUUCGGGUCCCAACUUCGGGCGCAAUACAGGCACGGCGUUCGCCCUUUCAUCCGGCACACUCGGUGCUGCGAUGGCGGCCAGUCUCGCAGGCGUCCGAAGCAUCGCCGUCUCCUUUGGCCACUUCACAGGUUCCCCACCUACCUUUGCGGACCGAUCUCGCGCCCGCGGCCCCGCACUCGACCCACCCACCCUCCGCAGCGUCGCCGCUCAAGCCAACCGUCUCUCUGCCUCCCUCAUCCAGCGUCUCUACUCCAACUGGGACAGUGAACCGGACGUAGGGUGCUACUCGAUCAACGUCCCGUUGUGCGAGACCGUCAGCAACCCCGAGAUAGUCUGGACAAGGAUUUGGGAGAACCGCUACGGUCCGCUGUUUGCCGCCAACACCACCUCCAAGUACCCCGCCCCGCCCGCACCGCAGCCUGCCACAGCACCGAAGCCGGAGAACGUGCUGCACUUUGCGCCUAAUAUGGCCAGUCUGUUGGGGCCGAAACGGUUGCCCGAGGGAACGGAUGUGUGGGCGAUUCUGAACGGGUAUGUGAGUGUUACGAGACUCAGGCCGAACUUCAUGGAGGUAGAUCGAGAGGGGAGGGGGUUGGAUGUGCCUCGAGCGGGAGGAGAGGCGGUGAAGGGUGGGGCGACCGAGAGGGAUGCGAGUGAGGGUGUGGAGAAGGGCUUGAAGGAUGGAUUGGACGUGGGCACUCGAUGGCGGUUGUAG